CUUUUGCGUGGAGGGUGGAUAGAAUAUGUAGGGUGGACGAGGUCAAUUUUCUGCAACAACAUUGGCAUGCUUAGGUAAUCAUAGAAACUCAAAAAAAUGUACGAAGUUCUUUGUCCUUGUAGCUAAUUAGUAGCUAGCAACUAGCUAUAAGUAAAGAGUUCCUACUUGUUUUAGCUAUUCAUUCUCAUUUGUCUUUGCUUAGCAAGAUAAGCAAAGAAAAAACUGGAACGUCUAGUUCUCUGCUUGCUUAUAUAUCUCAGUAAAAAAAUUGGAAAAGUCUUCGUUUUCAAAGAAAAAAACUGAGGUGAAGGAGAAAUCGAAGUUGCAAAAACCAUGGCAAAUCAUAUGGGUGCAAUAAGCAGCUAUUUCAGUACCAUAAUCAUGGUGGUUUUAUAUCUGGGUAGAAUAGGUGCAACACACAACAUCCAUAUCAGGGAAUGCAAAAGGCCAGAAAGAGGAGUUGAUCUCUUCAUCUUUGGUAACUCCUACUAUGAUGUGGGAAACAACAAUUACAUCAAUACUUUCACUCUUGACCAAGCCAAUUUAUGGCCCAACGGACAAUCUUACUUCAAGUCCCCUACCGGAAGAUUUUCUGACGACCGUUUGAUUUCAGAUUUUAUUGCUGAACAUGCAAAUAUUCCAGAGCCACCACCCUUUCUGCAGCCUCAGAAUGAACAGGAUUAUAGCAAUGGAGCAAACUUUGCAUCGGCUGGGGCUGGAUCUCUUGUCGAGACUUUCGAGGGAGCAGUGAUUGAUUUGAAGACACAGUUGAACAACUUCAAGAAGCUGAAAACUUCGUUAAGAGCCAAGUUGGGCUACUCAAAAUCGGACAAGAUAUUGAGAAGUGUUGUUUACUUGAUUGGCAUUGGGACCAAGGACUACUUAAGUCCCUUUUUGACCAAUUCCACAGUCCUAUCUGUCUAUUCUCCUCCCCAAUACAUACAAAUGGUCAUUGGCAACUUGACUUCAGUGGUACAAGUAAGUAAAUAACUUGCACCCAUGGCUUCAUUAUCUAAUAAUAGUAUAUGGAUAGUGUAAACAUUUUCUUACGUUAUCAAUAUAGUUUAACCUGUAAUAACAGGUAAGUAAUCAUUUUUACGCGAUUAGCAAUUAACGUUUUGUCAUAAACUAAUAUUCACGCAUGAGAUCUACAAGAACGGAUAGGAAUGCGCAAACGAUUAGAGGGAUUCACCUACUCACUUUAUGACUUCAACCGUAGUUUGAAACAGAGGAUGAAUCAUCCCUCCAGAUAUGGUUUCAAGGAAGGGAGAAAGGCGUGUUGUGGCACAGGGAGAUUUAGAGGAAUAUAUAGCUGUGGAGGAAAGAGGCCAGUGAAACAGUUUGAGGUUUGUAAAAGCCCAAAAAAGCAUGUCUUUUGGGACUCCUAUCAUUUAACUGAAAGUAUUUACCACCAAAUGGCAGCUGAAAUGUGGAAUGGAGCCGUGAAAGGACCUUUCAGUCUCAAGACUUUCUUUCAAUGCCUCUAACAUCAUUAUAUUGUUAAGAUGCAACAGAGUACAGGAUAUAGAUUCAUUCAUUUCUAUGACUAUGAGUAGAGCUAUUAAAUUCUUCAUUUGCUCCAUUCUAGGAAAUUUUUGUUCUUGUCAUAAGCUGCAAUUUCAAGCAAAAAAAGUUGUAAGACAAGUUAUUCAGUUAUUCCUCCAAGCCACAUUGGUUAUUUUAUUUACA